UGACAAUAACUUCUACGUGAAACAUUAACAACAGUAAAUCUAUGAAUGAAUAACAAGAAAUAACAGAUUUUGGGACAAAACAAACAUACAUAAUCUACAAAACAGGUAUAGCAAGGAUAAUGUUAGCGGUUUUUCUUCAGAAGGAGGACAACUGUUCUAUGAUUCAUAGCAGUAAGGUAGGCCUAUAAUUGAAAGUUACUUGGGUAAGUUAAUGAUGGGUAAAAUUAGUUAAAAUACUACCUCAAUUCUCACCAUUAAACAUUUUAUUCCGGUUGACAUUUUCAUUAUCAAAUUCCAGAAAUAAUUUGUUUUCAGUAAUUAUUUGACCUUACACUCAUGUGUUUCAUUGUUUUUCUGUCAAACUCACAAUGGAACUGUAUUGCAGAUUUCCUCUAGCAGCCGUAAGAGUGGGGUUCCCCGGGAUGAGGUCUGCUCUUUAUCGUCAGAGAAACCUGGGCCUGCCUACAAUCCCCAACCGUUUAGAGGAAUUUUGCAAUAUCCUUCACAGUGAGGAGUGGGGGCACCUCAAUUGCUGUUUGGCUGAGGAAGGACAUUCACAAUUUUUCCAAACAACAAUUGGGGGAAAUGAGGAAGAUUGGACAGCUGGUGUCUACCCAUCAAGGAGGCUGGCUGGCUGCUCGCCUGGUGAACACCUACCAUCUCAUCUCCACAUCGAUGCUACAUUCAAGACCGUCCCUAGAAAUCUAGGAGCAACACAAUUAUUAAAUAUUCAUACAGAGCGUGAUGGACAUCUUUUCCCAAUUGAUUUUGUCCUUAUGACGAGAAAAACCGAAGCUGCUUAUCGUAGAGUGUUUGGCUGGAUAAGACAGAACAUUCCCAACUUAACAACAACAACCAUUCUGUGUGAUUUCGAGCCAGCUAUGCGGGCAGCAGCGCAGGCAACAUGGGCACCUCAGCUACUGCUUGGCUGCUGGUGCCACCUGGCAGUGAGUGUAUGUCGCUUCUCCCUGACAGAGAGAGUCACUUGUCCUGAUGACUUCUACUGCUGUGGAGUGGACCAGUGCUGCAAACUCACCUUUGAGAAUCAGUCCAACUCUUCCAAAGAUUCCUUUGAUGACUGGCUGACAGGGUUUUGUGUGCGAGCUGUCAUUGUGACAGGUUUUAUGGUUAUGCUGUACAUCACAGGGGUCUCUAUCAAGAUAGUCAGGAACCACUACUUUGGUAAAUGCUGUCCUGAAAUAAGCAAUCUUCCUAGGUACAAACCUUUGGAGAAAAAUUCAAUUGCAUCAAACCUUGACAACAUUUCAACCCUUAUUGGAACACCAUUCUACCAGGUUAAUACUGAUCAAGUUGGAGUGUUGAGAGGUGGUAUAGCUGCAGUUCCUGUUUGAAGACUGUAAAUAUAUAUACAGCUCGUGACAUCUAAGCUGGCACUUGUACUUAGUUAAAACAUUAUAUCCCGUCAUGCGGGUUGCAUCAACUGUCCUUGCGACCCAUACAAAGGUGCUCAAGUAAUACAAGGGGAGUCCGGGAAGUCAACCCCGUGAGGCACUGGAAAUGUUUGCAGUACGGUCUUUUCCCUACCUCCACCCUCCUCCCGCCUACACUGCCCCUGCUAGGACCAUCUGGGCAUCUGGGCUGCUAGUGCCAGCUUAGAUGUCACGAGCUGUACAUAUAAUUUAAUUUCAAAUUGUAUUGAAUACAUAUGAAGAUUGAUAAAUAAUUGUAUCUUAGUGAUAUUAAAUUAUUAAGUUUUCAAUGUACAUUUGUGUCAACAUUUUAA